AACCCUGUUUAUUGUAUGUUAUAUAUGUCUGCCGGUCCACUAGGUGGCGCAAGCGUAUAUGUUGUUAUCUGUUGGGGGUAUCUAUUCAGAUAAAAAGAGUAAGAGCACUGGGCCUGUUGUUAUGAAGCAAGAAGUGACUGAGUUACACAGAGUUCGUCUGGAACAAAAUAAACUCCCCUGUGUUCAACAAGAAGCUCUCCCUUGAGUUACUACAUAAAUGGCGACGAGGAUAAAGUCACAGCGGAUGCCUCGUAUGGAUGCAGAUGAAUGAGUAAGAGACUCGCUGCUAAGUGGCUAAGUUAGCAUAGCAAACCGGACUUUGUAACCAAGUGCAAGACAGCAUGGCGGCUAUGGUAGGAAGCACCGCUCCUUUUGAUAGUCAAGCCCAGACGUGGGAGGAAUAUUGUGAAGUGCUCCACCAUUUUUUUGAAGCUAAUGAGAUCGACGAUGCAGGUCGACAGAAAGCUAUAUUGCUCAGUUCAGUGGGCAGUCAGACUUACAGUCUCAUGCGCAACUUGGUCAGCCCCACCAAACCGGGAGACAAGAGCUUUGAUGAACUUGUCAAGUUAUUAAAGGAUCAUUUCAACCCUAAACCCAGCGAGAUUGUGCAGCGUUUCAAGUUUAACUCCAGGAACAGAAAGCAGGGAGAAACAGUUAUGGAGUAUGUUGCCGUGCUGAGGAAAUUAGCACAAGACUGCAACUAUGGAGACAAGUUAUCAGAGAUGAUACGUGAUAGACUGGUCUGUGGCAUUGGAGAUGACCGCAUUCAGCGCAGACUGCUAUCAGAGCCGGAUUUGACCUUCGACAAGGCACUGAAGUUGGCCCAGGCCAUUGAGACGGCCAGCAAAGAUGUGAAAGACUUACAUUCUCUGGAGUUUGCACCCCCACACACGGAGGCACCCCAGGCAGUGCAUAAAAUGUCUACAAAGCAGACCCCCAGUAAGCAGCAGCACCAGCGUAAGGCUUGCUACAGAUGUGGUGGUGAGCAGCACAGGGCUGGGGACUGUAGGUUUAUUAAAGAAACCUGUCACAAGUGCGGUAAGGUUGGCCACAUUCAGAAAGUGUGUAGGUUCAAGGGCUGA